GAUAAUGUCGGCUGAACACGAUGAUAGUCCUAGAGACAAUGGCCCAGAGGGCAUGGAGCCAGAUGGAGUCAUUGAGAGCAACUGGCAGGAGAUUGUCGAUAACUUUGAUGACAUGAACCUUCGCGAGAGUUUGCUCAGGGGAAUCUAUGCUUAUGGUUUUGAGAAGCCCUCUGCCAUCCAGCAGAGAGCGAUUCUCCCUUGCAUCAAGGGGUACGAUGUUAUUGCACAGGCUCAGUCGGGCACAGGGAAGACUGCCACCUUUGCCAUCUCCAUCCUGCAGCAGAUUGACAUUGAGCUGAUUGGCACCCAGGCUAUGGUCCUGGCCCCGACCAGAGAGCUUGCCCAGCAGAUCCAGAAAGUGAUCCUGGCUCUCGGGGACUACAUGGGGGCCACCUGCCACGCCUGUAUCGGAGGGACCAACGUGCGGGCCGACGCCCAGAAGCUGCAGGCAGAGGCACCCCACAUAGUCGUCGGCACUCCCGGGCGCGUCUUUGACAUGCUCACCCGGAAACAUCUCUCCCCCAAAUACAUCAAGAUGUUUGCGCUGGACGAGGCUGACGAGAUGCUGAGUCGCGGCUUUAAGGAUCAGAUCUACGAGAUUUUCCGCAAGCUGUCCCCCAGCACUCAGGUCAUUCUCCUGUCGGCUACCAUGCCCCAGGAAGUGCUUGAAGUCACCACCAAGUUCAUGCGUGACCCCGUCCGCAUCCUGGUCAAAAAAGAGGAGCUGACCCUGGAGGGUAUUCGCCAGUUCUACAUUAACGUGGAGAAAGAGGAAUGGAAGCUGGACACCCUCUGUGAUCUGUAUGAGACACUGACCAUCACUCAGGCCGUCAUCUUCAUCAACACUCGCAGGAAGGUGGACUGGCUGACUGAGAAGAUGCACGCACGAGACUUCACAGUCUCUGCCCUGCACGGUGACAUGGAGCAGAAGGAGAGAGACGUGAUCAUGAAGGAGUUCCGCUCCGGCUCCAGUAGGGUGCUCAUCACCACUGACCUGCUGGCCAGAGGCAUUGAUGUACAGCAGGUGUCCUUGGUCAUUAACUAUGACCUGCCUACUAACAGAGAGAAUUACAUCCACAGGAUCGGGCGAGGCGGACGUUUCGGCAGAAAGGGAGUGGCCAUUAACAUGGUGACCGAGGAUGACAAGCGUACGCUGCGAGACAUCGAGACCUUCUACAACACCACCGUGGAAGAGAUGCCCAUGAACGUGGCCGACCUGAUUUAGAUUGAUCCCGUUCCUCACACUUUCCUCUUGUAUUCGUGGUUUUUUUUUUUUUUCUU